CGCCUCAGGGCGGCUCCGUGAGGGGAGCCCGGGGCGGCGGUGACCGGAGCGAGCCCGCCCACCGGGGCUCGGCCGGUUCUGCCCCCGGAGGGAUGCGCGGGACGCCGGUGCCCGGGACGCCACUCCCGCUGUUUGCCCAGGGCUCCUGUUCCCUCAGCCCCUCUCUGCCACCGGGCGCUCCCCGCAGCCGGCCCCGCCGGCGGGGGCCGGGCGCGGUGCGGCCCCGGGGCGGAGCGCGGGCGGUGCCCGCAGCCCCGGAGCGGUGCGGCGGCGGUGGCGGUACCCAUGGCCCUGCCGGCGGAGGCGGACCGGCUGGAUGGGGGCUGGCAGGAGGUCUACUCUGCGCUCCAGUGGAUCCAGUUCACCAUGGCCAUGCUCAGCGUUGUAGGUUCCAGCUCAAUUAUUGCCUACGCCGUCUUCCAAAAUGCAGUGCGGUCCCCCGAGGUGCGUCCGCUUUUCUACCUGAGCCUCUCGGAUCUGCUGCUGGGCAUGUGCUGGCUGGCUGGGGCCCUGCUCUACAGCUCACCCACCUCCCAGCAAGACCUCAUCUGCUACAACCUGCAGGCCACGGGGCAGAUAUUCUACGUGGCCUCUUUUCUCUACACUGUCAACUACACCUGGCACCUGUACAUGGACCUCAAGGUGAAAUACAACCAGAACCUCUUCAGGGUGCCUCCCCAGGUUGUAGAUUAUGCAAGUUGUGUUGGCAGAAUAGCAACGAUCUUGUCAAGCCUGAUCCCUUUCCUCCUCAUGGUGCCGGUGUUUUGCCUGGGCAACAGCAGUAAUUGCUACCAGAACUUCAGUCAGAAGCACGGGUGUCUCCUGAUGCACACGGAGGUGGCCGAGCCCCCCAGCGAGCCGCAGGGCCUGAGCGGCUCCGUUUGCCGCGCCAUGCAUUUCUACGGCAUCGGCGUCUUCCUCGUCUCCUUCCUCAUCAGCUUCCUGGCCAUCCUGGUUAUCCUGAGUCAGGCCCGAGGGCUGUACAAGAGGUUUGUGAACUCCACAGGAUUCCUGGGGGAUCAGCAGUGGGCCAUGAUUAAGAUGGUGGAACAACGAGUGGUUUUUUACCCUGUUGCCUUCUUCUGCUGCUGGGCCCCAGCUGUCCUCCUUGGAAUGCUGAAAUUGACUGCUUCAACAACCAGCAAAAUCUACAUGGCUCUGCUGAUCCUGCAGGCUCUCACGGCAGCUUCCCAGGGGCUCCUGAACUGCCUGGUGUACGGCUGGACCCAGCACGCCUUCCUGGCCCUGAAGAGCGGCUCCCGGCGGGACGUGGACACGCAGACCCCGCUCCUGCGCUCCCAGAAGAAAUUCUACUCCAGCACAGCCGCCGCCGGCCCGCAGGACACCGCGGGCUCCUCCUCCACCCUGCUCUGAUGCUGCCCUGCCUGCAGGGAGAGGCACAAUCCUUCCUUCUCCUCCUUCUCCAGAGCCGGGGUGGAACUGUCCCUCGGGCCCGAGCCCCAGGCGCUCAGUGGACACAGUAAUUUAUUUGAUGGAUUCUUUCAGCGUGGUAAAUCUUUAGUCCAGACUUUCUCCUCCUGGAAAUAUCCCUAGAAAUGCAGCAAACCACACGGAAAGGCUCAGAGAUCUGGUCCAGCUCCACGGAGGUUGAGCAGAGGAUGUUUUACUUUGUUUUAUUUCUCCAAGUCGUUGCCUUUGCAAAUUAACAAAAAGCAAAAUGAGUAUUUUUCAAUCUCUGCCUUUUAAUUCACUCUAACCAUGAGAAUUUGCACCACCCUAAGAACCAAUUGCAGGGAGUGAAGAAUUGCAAAGGACAAAACCUGCCUGGAAUUUUUGCACAUUUCCCUUUCCUUCUUCCUGCCAAUUCCUGCUCAGCCACAAUACUCCCAAAAAUCAGCUGCUUCGACCCUGUGGAGCAUCUCUCAUGAACCAGGUGAGCAGGACUUUGAAUCUCUCUUUGCAUUUCCAGAUGUUCAGAUGAAUUAUUUACUGAGGUCCCACCAUUCUAUAGGAAAUAAACCAGGUCUUAAGCUGUCUUGAAAACAACUCUUUACCUUUACACUCUUUAUUUUCCAACAGCUUCACUUUUUGGGUCCAAUCCAAAUUUUUCUCAUAGCAGGUUAGACAAGAAGAGGAAAUACUCCAGCUUUGUGUAAUUAACUUACACAACAUAACUGUGUAAACUCUGGGUAAGUCACACAAGGGCCCUGGAGGUUUGGUCAAUGACUUAUUUUCUCCUACAGAGUGAGACCGACUGCAACAAUUCAAUUUUGCUGUUCUACAGGACAAAAACAAAGUUUUCAGCCAUGUUCUUCCACCUGGUCCUUCAAAUCCUCCUCUAGUCCCAAAGUUUGGUCAUGGAUGACUCUGUUUGUCCAGCCCCACACUUCCAAGGCAAACAUUCCACAGGGAGGAUGGGAUUUGUGCCCUGGCCCUGGCAGGGCAUGAAACACACCCAGGUUCAUCCCUGAGAGCCUCCUGCACCCUCCUGGGACUGACCCCGUUUGUGGAGGCAGUGCAAUUUGUUUAAAAGGGGAUUAAGGCUUCCUAAGUGAUGGAAGAUUACCCAGGACACAAUGAUUGGAUUGCUAAUGGAGCAUCAGAGCUGGCAGUGGGGGCUGACACAUUCCCAGGGCUCCUCACACAGCUCAGCAGUCCCUCAGUGUUUGUUUGAGAGGAGUUUUCUUGCUGGAAAGAGCCAUUCCAUGGGCACUCCCAGCUGGGCUGGCUGCUCUAAGUGCUCCCAGGACAUUGUUCCCUCAGUCCCUUUCCCAGCUUGGAGGCUCUGAGGGUCUCUCACCACCCAACCCACUCUGAACACCCCUGAGGCACCAAGCAGAGGGAGAUUCUAUUACAAGGAAGGAGCCUGAGCCCUCACAGCUGCCCCAUCUUGUGUCCUGAAAUGCUCCUGGGCCAAGGGUGUGUCUGGUUCCUGUCACCAAGUCAAGCCCUCCUCAGGCUAAAACCAUUUCCAGAGCAGGAAGGGCCCAAGGCUCUGUGUGCAGAGAGGUGAGGGAAGCAUUCCCUGGCCCUGGAAAAGCACAGGGCAACAAAGCAGAUCCAUUUGUCACCACCCAGUGUCCCCCAGGCCCAGCAGGGCUCCCACCUCAACCACCACCCCAGGAGCAUCAGCCCCGAGGCUCUGGGUGCUAUUCCCAGUGUCCCUGAGGACAGAAGGACUCAUCCCUGCCUUCCCUGACUGCCCAGUCCAAGCCCACAGCCCUCAGGGGUUAACUGGGAGCACUGGGCAGGUGCUGCUGCCAUCUGAUGGAAAGCUGGGCUUAAAAAAGGCAAUUUUGGGUUCUGCUGCCAAGCAGAGCCCAGGAUUUAUCCAGCCUCUCCUGUCAUCUCAAAUCCUCAAUCAAGUGUUUAUUCCCAUGGAUAAGGGAGGUGGGAUGGGGGCUGAGGGUGGCAGAGUAAUGGAAUCAUGGAAUCUCUAAGGCUGGAAAAGCCCUCUAAGGCCAUCAAAUCCAGAAAUUAACCCAGCACCACUGUGCUCACCACCAACCAAGUGCUGCAUCCACAUCUUCUGGACACUUCCAAGGAAAAGAACCCUCCUGCUCCUUCCUUCUCUCCUGCAGGGAUUUGGGAAGCAAACAAAAGCAGCCAGGAACUUUUGAGUUUAGUAAAAUCAUUUAUAUACAGGAUGGGUAAUAUUUACAAUGUAAUACUGAUCCAAAAGGAACUAACAGGGAACACUGAGAGGAGAAAUGAGAACAUUUUAACAGACAGGAGUUAAACAUGGGGACAGACUCGGGUUUCCAAAAGAAAAUCCAGAAGUAAUGACAGCAAAACUUUGACAUGUUGCUAUUUCCAACCAAAAUCUCUUUCACUAAUCAGGUUCUCCUAAUUUUAAUAUAUAUAGAAAAGCUUCAAAUAAUCAAGUCACAGGAGAAGUCAGUUAUACAGAAAAUUUUGAAAAGGUCAAAUGAUUUCAAACAUUUUUCUUCAUUUAAAUAAAAUUCUAAAAAAAAAAACCCAAAACCCAGCAACCUCCAGAGCUUUCCCACAUAUUUUUAGUGUUUGUACAAAGAAAUUCUUCUUUGAUCCCACACUUCCAGCUCGAGCUAUUUACAAUAUUCACAGUCUGCUAUAAAGGAUCAGUAGAUUUAUUACCAAGUCAAGCUUCAGAGAGUCAAGACAAGGUGUCUUGCACUUGCUUCAACUGAAAAAUAAACUAAACACAGGAAGGAGAAAGUCAAAUGCUACUUUCAAACAUACAAAUGAAUCCAUUAAAGUUAUUGAAUUUUGAAAUGUAAAAUAGAACUUUUCCAAGAGUAAAAAAAAUCAAAUUUCUCAUAGAAACAAAAUCAUUUGACCUUGAGUCUUCAAAUUGUGUUUUCUUAAUCUGUUCCUCCUCCCUCUGCUUCAAAUCAGGCCCUGAUUUAUCACAGACAAGAAAAUGCAGAUUAAAUCCAUCAAAAGCCCUUGGAAAUUUGUACAAAUGUUCCCACCUCAGGAUCAGCAGCACUUAAGGGAUGAAGAAAAGGAGGAAUCCUCUAUCACACACCAGAUCCCACCUUCCCCUCUGCCUGCACUUCCAACAAAUUCUGACUCCAAAAAACUGCCUGAGGAUUUCCCUCCUGGGAGGGCAGAAUCACAAAGUGCUUUUGGAGGGGAUUUUUUGCUCUGCCAUUCCAACAAAGGUGAUUUCCUUGUUUCCAUCGCUAUCUGCCACACGUGAAAGUUUCAAUUCCUCAGAAAGACAUGGAUUUCAAGUUCAAAAUGAAACCAUUCAAGACAUGACCUAGAAUUAGAGCAAGGACAGAAAUGCACGUAACAGGGCUUGGUGGUACAGCCAAAAAAUUGACAGAAACUCUCAUUUUUUGCUAAUUCUCUUCAGUUUUCAUCAACAGGUCAGUGCACAAAUAUUCCAGGUAGUGUCAGAAGUACAACUGUAGCUCACAGAAACUCCCUGCUCCCAUCAGAGGAUGGAAAAGCAGGGACUGUUCCUACCCUGCAAUAGAUCAGGCAUUGGAAAACUGUCCACAGGAUUAAGGAAAGCUGACAGAGAACAGGAAACAAAGCAUCUCCUUCGUGUAGAAAAAACAAGUCACUGUUUAGAAAAUUGUAUAGAAAGAGUCAGACACUGCUCUGCCAUCCAGCUAAAGCUGCAAGGAAAUUUUGGUAUAGAAAAGAGACAAAAAAAGAACAAGGCUGGACUUUUGUAGGAGAGAACUGGGAGAUUCAUGGCUCAGGUUUGUCAAUGUAAACCCAAAAAUGGAUGAGCUGUGAAAAGACAACAACGUUCAGGAGUGGUCACUGAUGGCCCUGGGUUGGCACUUCAGUCUGCAGACCAAACUCAGCCGAUGUCUGCACGGAUUUGGUACCAAAAUAGCUCUAUAAAAAGCCUCCGCCCGAUCUCGAAAGAAAGAGAAGCAGAAAAGGUAGAAAACUAGAACUAUGUACAGAUUCUUGCCAUUGGUUUGCUUUAUCAGGAUUUAAAAAAGCAGCUUUUGGAGCCAAUGUUCCAGACUAGAGUCAGAACCUGCCCUGGGGAGCAGGGAGCAGCCCUGCAGUUGUGGCUCCCCCAAGAAGGAGCUCGAAGGCAUCAGAGAUGAGAAUUUGGGCUCCAGAGACAAAUCCCAGGGGGUUGAAAUCCCAGAGCACUGGGAGCCUGCCUGGGAGCAGCUCUGCCAAACAAGAGGACAAGUCAGAACCCAAGCCUUGGAUCUUCUAGGAAGGAAAGAAUGGGAAUAUGGGGGUGGAUCCCACACAAACAAAGCCCAGGCUGGUCUCGGUCCGUAGAAGAUCCCACCAUGGAAAUUAAAAGAACUUGUGCAUAAAGACUUGAACAUUCUUCUGUUCUGCUGUUGGACAAGGUGAGAAAAAGAAGAGUUUUGGGCUGAAUGGCUGAUUCAGCCUUAAAAAAGCUCUGAGGAAGAUGGGAGAAAUAAAAAGAGGAGGUUAAGCCUUAAAGAAGGUCUGAGGGAGAUGGGGAAGAUGACAAAAAAAGAGAGUCACUGCUCAGAACUGAAAAUUUCAGCAAGCACAUGGCCUCAGGUGCCUGGGCCAGACACCAAGCCAAGCUGAAGGGUAUUUAACUGAUUUUUCUCUACCUAAAGACUUGGAAUUGAGGUGCCAAGGGGAGCUGUGAGUUUGCAUUUCACAGCACUUGCUUCAAGUACUCACUGAGCAGGGGCUUGAGAAACUGUGGCUCUCCUUCGUAUACAGUCACUGCAGGGGCUGGAUGUGGCAGGUGAAAGGCAGCUUCUGCAACUGGUUAUUAAGAAAAAGAAUGGUUUU